AUGAAGGCGCUGUAUAAUAAUCUUCAAGAUAUGCGAGAUACUCCAACCAUAUUGUUCACAACUUCGGAUCUCCAAAUGCGAGAUAUACUCCUAGAAUGUUUCGGUGAAAAAAUGCUCAAUGUGUUGGCAUUUAAGAGAUUGAAUAGAGACUUUAUCUACAGCUUCCAGGCAUUCCCGGAGUUUCGCGUUAUAAAGCGAAGAGUCAAGGAGAUUCUUCGAUACUUUGAACCCCAAAUUGAGAAUCUGGGUGGUUAUACCUUGAAAGCACUUCCCGAGAACAUAAUGCCGCGAACUGUGGUCUACCGAAAUGCCAAUGGAAGCAGUCAGUUGGGCGGAUAUCUCAGUCACUUUAUACGAAACUAUGUGAGCACCAUAAAUGCCACCCUCGAAAUUAGCUGGGACCUAGCUGAUGAGGUUGGUAUGCUGGAUAAUAGCACAUUUUGGGAGGACCAAAACAUAGACUUUCCUCUGGGAAUUGAUGGUCUUGACAUAGAUACAGCCAAAGAGGACAUUCCCUUAGAGAUCUCCAGCUGGUUCCUGAUGCUGCCCAUGGAACCGACCCUUCCUCGAGAACUCUCCCCCAAACUGAUGUUCAUCUACUGGUUACUCCUCCUAAGUGGAUUCUUUGUAAGCAACUACCUUGCUGUCUAUCUCACAACUUGGCUCGUUCAUCCACCGACUCUCAAUCGAAUAACUGACUAUGAUCAAAUGCGAAGCCAGAAGCUGAAAAUCCUUAUACUCCCAGAUGAGCUGGAAUACUUGAACUUCACCAUGGGCGAGGAGUUUGUAAAAGCCUACAGCGAUAUAUUUGAGACCACCAACUGGACAGAUUUCCAAAGAAAGCGGAUCUCUAUGGAUCAAUCUUAUGCAUAUCCAGUGACCCUAACCUUGUGGCCUCUUUUAAGACAGUCACAAGUCAGACUACCGAGACCCAUUUUCCGUCGAUCCAAAGAGAUGGUAUUCCUACCGUUCAUUAUCAUGUCUAUGUAUAUGCCAAGGAACUCCAUAUAUUUCAAGUCUCUUAAUCUGUACAGAUUACGAACUUAUGAAAGCGGUCUAUAUAUUCGUUGGUUUAAGCAAAGCUUUUACGAAUUGGUGGCAAUCGGCAAAAUGACCUAUAAGGAAGAUAAGGAACAUGAGGAUUAUUUCGAUCUGAAGUGGCAGGACUUUCACUAUAUCUGGCUUGGAUUUCUGGGAGGAAGUUUCACCAGUUUUCUGGUCUUUCUAUCUGAGAUUGGAUACUACAGGUGGCGUUUGAAGAGUGCAUAUUAUCAUAUUUUAAAACCCUAA